AAGCCGUAUGUGUGGCGAAAAGCUGCUGCAGAUCAUCCUGAAAACCCCAUUUUCAUGGUGACACAUACUGGGGAACCAUCAUCUUGUAGGGAUGUGUAUUUUUUCAGCAACAAGAAGCAGGCAGGUCAGAGUUGAUGGGAAGAACUAAAUGAGGUAAAUGCCUGACUUUCCUGACAGAAAACCUCUCAGAGAGGAAGAGGACUUUUAGCCAAACCUUGGAAAUUGCUCUUCAUUUGUGCUCUUUGUCCAGUCUAAGUUUAACUUGGGGUGUUAUACAAAAGAAAUAUAGGUAUCCAAGGUGGAGGAGACUUACAGGUGGUUCUACAAAGUAUUGACUCUAUGGGGACUGAAUAUGAACGAACAUCAUAUUUUAGACGUCGCUUGUGGAAACAAAUUUAAAACUCUUGUCACGGGUUCCCUUUCCGCUUUAUUUGGAAAGGAAAAUGUGCUGGUCUAUCAUGUAAAAUCCAAAUGAAAUGCAUUGAAGCUUGUGGUUGUAACUUUUCAAAAUGCAAAUAAAAAUGUAUAGACAGGUAGAAAUUUGCAGGGCACUGUCAACAUGUACUUAUGCCUUUGUGAUUCUGUUUGUGUAUAAGUAUAUAAGUGUAGCUGUUAUGUCAUAUGAGACUUUUAUCGCCACUUUCUGUCCUUACUCGUGGGCUCCGGCCCCUCUUCCUGCUCCUCCUCCCUCCAGGACAAGACGAGUGCUCUGAGCCUCAGCAAUGUGGCGGGGGUAUUCUACAUCCUGAUCGGAGGCCUGGGCCUAGCCAUGCUGGUGGCACUGGUGGAGUUCUGCUACAAGUCCCGGACCGAGUCGCGCCGAAUGAAGUCCAUCAACGACGCCAUGCGCUGCUCCACCCUGACCAGGAUGAGUGGGAACGGGAGCGGAGGCGAGAACGGACGAAUCCUCACCCACGACUUCCCCAAGACGGUUCAAACGCUGCCCUGUAUGAGCCACACCGCCAGCAUGGGACUGGGUGCCUCCGGCAUGUGAUCCCCAUCUCCUCCUGCCGGGACCGACAGACUGUCAGGGUGGGGCAGAAUUAGAGCACAAGACUCUGUUGACCUAAAAAAAAUCAUGGCCGUCU